AAUGUUCUAUUUAUCCUCAGGAAUUGCUUCAAACUUCUGAACUCCUGAAAAGGGAAAGUGAAAAUCUAAAGGAAAACUUUAAGGAUAUGACUGCUAAAAUACUUCAGCUUGAGGAAGACAUCAAAAUUGUAACAGAGAAGGCCAUAGCAAAAGAAACUGAACUAGACAGCCUAAGAGAUAAGCUGAAUAAAGUAACAAGUGAGAAGGAACUACUGACAUGUCAACUAAAAAAUGAAAAAGAUGAAAAAGAACUAUAUAAGGUUCAUUUAAAGAAUACUGAGAUUGAAAACACCAAGUUGCUCACUGAGGUGCAGACGUUAAAAAACCUAGACUUAAACAAAGAAAAUGUGAUUGCGCACUAUAAGGAUGAGCUUGGAAAGCUACAGCUUUCUUUGUCUGAGAAAGAAAAGUUGCAUAAAGAAGUGCUACAAAAUUCUUCUGAAAAGGAGGACGUAGGCUUUUUAAAACAGCAGCUUCGUAAGUUUGAGGAUGAAAAUCAGGCCAGCAGACAGAAGGCAGUAUUAAUGUCCAAUGAACUAAGUGAUGCAGUUACUGUUCGUGAUAAAACUAUGUCUGAUCUACACACAGCUCGUCUUGAGACAGAGAGUGUGAAAAAGCAGCUUGCUGAAGCUUUUGCUCAGCUAAGCUUACGAGAGUUGCAAUCGCAGAAGUCUGCUUUCAUGGAUGAGAAAAAAGAACAG